AUGCCUCAUCACCAUGUCGAUGACGACAAUUCACUCAAUACAGGAGAUUUCAGUGACAUCAGUAUUCGCCGACAUUGUUCUCAUUCAAAUUUGAAUCCAACCAACAUGAUCGAUCAUCUCAAAACAAAAGUUAAACGAAAAUAUAUAUCCACUAAGACUCCAUCGAAUACAAUUACCAUUACUGUUGACGAUAGUUCAUUAGAGCGUAGAAUUCAUAGUGCUGCAACAAAAGCAAAUGAUCAACAGAAUUUCCUACAAUUACCUAAUUUAUUAACGACACGAGCUCACUCACAACCAAAUAUUUCUUCGGCAGUAUUGACUGAUGAAGAUGGUAAUAGCAGCGCUCAUGACAACAAAAGCAACGAUGAAAAUGGUUUGUUAAACGACAAUAUCCUGCCCGGUUCUGAUCAAUUUGACAACGCUAAUGCGAACAGUCCAACAUCACAACGACACGACAUACAAAGGGCAUCAUCGGACAUUGAAAUAAGCAAAACGAAGUCCAAAACCAAAAACAAAUCUAAGAAAGAUUCGAAAAUUUUGUCGGACACAGUGUAUUUAUUAAUAACAAAUCAUUCUCAAAUACGCGGUGAUGAUUUCAAAAUUAUAUUCGAUGAGUUACCAUCUGGUGAACAAUUGAUCGUUGCUUCUCCAUGCAUCUGGGGAAAAGAUAAGUUUAUCCACGGACGAAUAUUUCUCUCGAUGAAUUAUAUAUCUUUUGAUACAUGUUUUACUCAAUUCGAAGAGAAUGUAUGCAUUGCUUUGAAAGAUAUCAUCAGUGUCAAACGCGAGAAACCCUCGGAAUUACUCUCGAAUGCGAUCAAACUGAAAACGAACAAAAGUAAAAAAUAUGUCUUUGCAAGUGUCGCACCAAGAGAACGCAUAUUCGAUGCUUUAUCUCGUCUGUGGAAAAAUGCGUUGUCGGAAAGUCCUAUGGACUAUCAGCAAAUCCGUGCGUCUAUUGUUACAGAUCAAUUAAGUGAUGAUGAAUGGAAUAGCGGCAAUGAAGAAUCGGACGAAAUAAUAAGCAAUCCAAGAAAUUCAUUAGACCCCAUUCAAUCUCGGUCAAAUUCGCCUAUACCCACGACUCAAUCUUUGCCUGUAUUUACAAUUUCGGAGGAGCUGCCGCAGAGUAGCUAUCAUUCCACAUGUCCAUGUGAAUCUCAUUUGGCUCGAUCAAUUGUUGACAAAACAUUUUCUUGUCAUGUUGACAAACUAUUCGAAUUAAUAUUCGAAGACAAUGCUUUUUCCCGUGCGCAUCAUGACGCUCAAAAGUUAAUAGAUUUUAGUUUUGGUGAAUGGCGUUUGGACAGUGAAACUGGCAAACGAAUACGUCAAUUUAAGUAUAAAACAGUCACUCAAUCUAUUUUGGGAACGAAUACAAUCACUUGUACAGAAAAAAUGAUAAUCGAAUCGGAAAUUCCUCAUUCGUUGUAUGUUGUGAGCACCGGCGUAUACAACGAAGGUGUUAAGUAUACUGAUUCGUUUUUUGUCGCUACACGUUACUGUAUGUUCCAACGUGAUGCUAAACACUGUCAACUGCGAAUAACGGCCGAAGUGAAAUAUAUCAAGAGUGUCAACGCUUUUAUUCGAUCUUUCAUCGAGAAGAACUGUAAUUCAUCGAUCGAUGAAGGAUUAAACAGCUUGGUUCGAAAGUUAGAAGGUGAAAGUUCAACAAACCGUCGACGUAAAAUCAAUGAGAGACCGCCAUCGGCAGUACCGAAAGAAUCUAGACAGAAAACGAAAGACGAAGAUACGCCUUCGGUCGAACAGAAAACCGAGUUGUUAUCAUCUAGUAAUCAGAGUGCUCAUGCUCAACCGAAUGUUCUCUCUAGACACGUCAGUUUGUUGAAUAUCAGUCUAUUCAUCGGCGUUCUUCUUAUACUCCUGCAUAUUUAUUUAUGUUUCAAAUUACACUCCAUCGAUGAAGCAUUACAAAAUCCUGCUGUUGCAUGUAUGAAUCGAUGCAGAAAAAAAUGUCUAAAAAAUCAAAUUCUCUCGUAA